AUGGCUUCUAACCCGCCAGGAAAGUGUUGCACCACCGGAUUUCGUCACAUCGGCGACGCUAAGGGCAACCACUCAACCGUUUUUGGUUUAGACACCUAUGUUACCGGUCAAGAAUCCAAUGAUAAAAUCAUAGUCAUCAUGACAGAUAUAUUUGGAAACAGAUUCAACAACGUCUUGCUAAUUGCAGAUGCUUUCGGAGACGCCGGAUACAAAGUCCUCAUUCCAGAUAUUUUGGACAACGAUCCAAUCCAUCCCAGCAAAUCGCAAGAUUUCAACGACUGGAAAGCCAGACACAACGCAGACUUUACCAGACAAAUUUCAGAGCCCUUCGUGAAGGCCGUGAAGAGCGAGCUUAAGCCUAAGUUUUUGGGACUUGUGGGCUACUGCUUCGGCGCCAAGUAUGCGAUCCAACUCAUCGACGAAAAGGCGGGCGUUGCGGACGCAGCAGCGGUCGCCCAUCCCUCUUUCGUCAGUAUGGAAGAAAUUGCCGCCGUGGGCAAAAAACCGCUUUUGAUCUCGGCCGCUGAGGAGGACUCUAUUUUCCCACCUGAAAACAGACACGCUACUGAAGCCAAAUUGCAGGAGAUCGGCGCCGUCUAUCAGCUUGAUAUUUUCAGCGGCACUUCGCACGGUUUCGCGGCUAGAGGUGACAUUUCCAAUCCAGCGGUCAAGUACGCCAAGGAAAAGGUAUUCUAUGACCAAGUUUACUGGUUCGACCAUUUUUCCGCACCAUCUGCUUAA